ACCAAGCGCCCCGAGGCGCACUACGCUCUUUGUCGCGACCUCCUUGCCUCCAGACUCCAUUAUAUAGCCUGCCGGAAGAAAGAAAAGAAUAGAAAGAGUUCACACUCUCGCCGACAUCAAGAUGAUCAUCACACGUCUCAUUUCCCUGACGAACUUCGCCGUCGCCUCUUCCGCACUUGGCUUCCAAGUCUUCGUCCUGUACCCAUGGCACAUCCAGCUAGACAAUUCGUUCGAGGAACUUAAGAAGGAGCACCUCAGGGUUCUGGAGGCGGUCAGGGAGGUCGCAAAGGAGGUGGAUCCGAACUCGAGGCAAGGCAUGGCCGACUCAAUACUGGGACGUCUGGGGAUCAGCGCUUUCAGCGUAAGAAGUCUGUUCUCGCAUAAACCAACGCCCCAAGCCAUUUCAAGUGUGUUCGACAGCAGUAAUCCUGUAAACUAUGUCAAAAACAACAUCGCCAAUCUUUCCCCCGUGGCGGCCAGGCCGGACAUGAACAUGUCGGAUAUUGCGCGAUACGCCGUCUCAGGAGCCAUCUGCUGUUCCUUCACACAUGCCUUAUUGACUCCAGUUGACGUCGUCAAAACCCGUGUCCAACUCGAGCCCGCCGUAUACAACCGAGGUUUAACGGGUGGUAUGCGCCAGAUUAUCGCAAGUGAUAGUGCCAAAGCGCUCCUGACCGGAUUUGGACCGACCGUGACGGGAUAUUUCCUGCAAGGAGCGUUCAAAUUUGGCGGCUAUGAGUUCUUCAAAAGACGAACGAACGACUGGCUGGGCCCGGAGAAAGCAGCCGAUCAUCGUAAUGCUGUAUAUCUUGCUUCGUCUGCCGCGGCCGAGUUCCUUGGAGAUAUCUUUCUUUGCCCAUUCGAAGCUGCUCGCAUUCGGCUGGUAUCGCAACCUUCGUUUGCUCCUAAUAUGCUCUCGGCACUGGGGAGAAUGGCUAGUUAUGAGGGGAUGGCCGGGCUUUACUCCGGGUUUACGCCAAUAGUGCUGAAACAGGUUCCGUACACGAUGGCCACCUUCGUUGUGUACGAGAAAGCUAUCGAGACAGCACACUCGUGGAUCAACAAGGAGACUGCGUCAAAUUUGACGCUCUCAGGAGUAAAUCUCGGCUGCGGACUCAUCGCUGGCAUGGCAGCUGCGAUUGUCUCACAGCCCGCAGAUACGGUGUUGAGUAAAAUCAACAAAGAAAAGGGACGCCCGGGUGAAGGAACAGGUCGACGGAUCUUCAAUAUAAUCGGCCAGCUUGGUCUGCGGGGAAGCUACGCCGGCAUUGGCCCACGAUUGGUCAUGGUCGGAGGUAUGACCGCAGUCCAGUUCGGAAUUUAUGGACACAUCCAAAGAGCUCUUGGCGCAACCAGCAGCACUGCUGAAGUGAAGAAGGAAGUUGUUGAGGUUGCAGAGGUCCGGAACCUCCUACAAACCGCAGAAAUGUGAUAAUCUAAUUCUUA